CUAAACACGGAACUCGUGUUCAGUGGUGCUGUUCCCAGCCUGUUCCUCAGAUUACAUUGUAAUAUCAUGCCAUUUCAACGUUACUUUCGAUAAGGUGCAUGGAAGUAAUGGACAGGAUUCGUGCGCGCUUAAACACAGGGAACAAGACAUUUUCUGAGCCCAUUAAACUACGGAAAAGAAAAUCUCAGCUUUACAGUAAAGAAGAUACAUGUCAUUUUGACAAAGGUGUGUUUGGGGUCAGUGUCUCUGUGUUCUCUGUGACUUUCCGUCUGAUCAACUGCUUCCUGGUCCAGACCAGCUUCGUACCUGACGAAUACUGGCAGUCCCUUGAAGUCUCCCAUCGCAUGGUUUACAACUAUGGCUACUUAACCUGGGAAUGGAAAGAAGGAUUACGAGGAUUCUCUUACCCUCUGGUUUUUGCCAUAAUUUACAAGAUCCUGCACUUCACAAACUGUGACUCAGUUCAACUCUUGGUAUGGGCACCACGUGUUCUCCAAGCCCUCCUAGCUGCCCUGGGUGACAUCAAGCUCUACUCUCUCAUUCGAACACUUGAGCCUUCGGACACUGCUAGAUGGACGCUGUUCUGCCAACUGUCAUCCUGGUUCACGUGGUAUUGCUGCACCAGGACAUUGACCAACACCAUGGAGACCACUCUCACUGCUCUGGCACUGUGCUACUAUCCUCUGCCUGGCACUAAAACACACAGCAGCCCCAAAUAUUUGACCCUGGUUGCCAUGGCAGUCAUUGUUCGUCCGACAGCCUUGAUUGUGUGGCUUCCUCUUCUUCUGCAGCACUUCUGGAGAGAGAACAACAAGCUAAGACUUGUCACUCACCACUGCCUGCCCAUAGGGGCUUUGACUCUUGGCGUAUCAACCUUGAUCGACUGUAUAUUCUAUGGAAAGACUACCCUAGUGCAGUACAACUUCCUAAAGUUUAACAUAUUGCACAAUGUGGCAGAGUUCUAUGGCUCCCACCCCUGGCACUGGUACCUCAGCCAGGGCUUUGUGGCUGUCAUCGGACCCCAUCUGCCUCUCUUCCUCCAUGGAUGUAUGCUGACCCCAAAGAAGUACAGGAUACUGUUGGUAACUGUGAUCUGGACAGUAGCGGUUUACAGUUUGCUCGCUCACAAGGAAUUCAGAUUCAUCUAUCCUGUUGUACCACUGUGCAUGGUGUUCUGUGGUAUUUCAUUGGCCAGUCUGAAAGCCUGGAGGAAAAAGGUAGCUUGUGUCCUACUGGUGUCCAACCUGGUUCCUGCUCUGUACACUGGUCUGGUUCACCAGAGAGGAACCCUGGAUGUAAUGGGCCAUCUUCAGACCCUGUGUCACACCAGCCAGUCUGCAGGCUCCAUUCAACCGGAUAUAUACUUCCUCAUGCCCUGCCACUCAACUCCUUUCUACAGUCAUGUUCACUGUCCAAUGAGGAUGCGUUUUCUGGAGUGUCCUCCAGACCUGCAUGGAAAUAGCAGCUAUGUAGAUGAGGCAGAGCACUUCUUUGACGACCCUCUCCUUUGGCUGAGGGACUCUUUUCCAUACAAGUCCUCGCUGCCUACCCACCUGGUGCUCUUUGAUGUUUUGGAGAAGGAGAUUUCUGUAUUCCUCAAAGGAAAUAAAUACAUCAGAAGCCCUGAGAUCUUCCACACUCACAUGCCAGAGGGUCAUGUUGGAGGAAGCAUCUUCGUCUAUGAGAGGCACUGAGAUGUAAAGUCACAUGAUGGUGGUAAAUGUGCUGAAAUAAUGACUCAUAAAAGGCUUUAAUGUUGCUUUCUCUCCAUCUAACAUUGUAGUGAACACUGUACUAAAUUGUUAAUAAAUUAUUUUUUUAAAUGAUAA